UAAUGUAGAACUCAAUCACACUAAUAAUUGAAAGACGAUGCCAAGUAAAUAAGACAAAGAACAACAACAGAAACAGAGCGAGCCAUGCUGUAUGCAGGUGUCGCAAACCAGAGAGACUAGGGACAUGCAAUAGUGAUGGAAUGGAUGGUAGAGGGGGUCUUUAGGAGUACAAAGUCAAGAUAUAACCCAUAGAAACAAACGAAGUGUGGUGCCUGUCAAUGAGACAUGCAAAGGAGUAAGGAAGGACACGACGAUCGCGCCCGAGAAUGUGAAGGACACAAAGUGAAGCAACUGUGAAUGACAUACUACUAGCAUACCAGACCCUCCAUCGCACCCAUCCAGUUCAAGGGAUACCCAUCCUAUGAGUUGCCGAUGUCGUGUUCGCGAGCAAGAACAGUUUCGCUUUAGAGGGGGUGCCGAAGAUGUCGAAAUUGAAAUACUGGAAAUUCACGAUGAUUUUGGUACCUGUACCUGCGGAACAACAAGGCGAGUCCAGCGCAGCAAAAAUAAAGACGAUACACUCAGUAGUUGUCGAGGUAUUCGUGUUCUCAGUGGGAGGUCGUUCAGCGAGAAUUUCUUUGUGUUUGACGUGCGCGACAUCUUUCGUGAAAACAGCUAUAAUCGCGUAGUAACGUGGGUUGUUCCUUCGUGGAUGGCGGUGUGGUGG